AUGGCUACUUCAACAAGUUUGUCGCAGCAUGUUGGUAGUGCUAUUGACAAUGAGUCUGACUAUAGGGGCAUCGUGGGAGCUCUACAAUAUGUUUUUAUCACUUGGCCUGAUAUCACAUUUGUUGUUAAUAAAGUAUGCCAAUUCAUGCAUAAGCCUCUUGAUCAGCACUUUAAGGCUGUCAAACGGAUUCUUAGAUAUCUUCAAAAUACUAUGGAGUAUGGCCUUCACUUUACUGCUGCUGUCAACUUGGAUCUAGUAGGGUUUUCUGAUGCAAACUGGGGAGCGGAUGUCGAUGAUAGGAGGUCAACAACAGGUUUUUGUGUUUUUCUUGGUGGAAAUCCUGUGGCCUGGGGAUCUAAGAAGCAACAAGUUGUCUCCAGGUCUACUGCAGAAGCUGAGUAUCGUGGCCUUGCUCAUACUGUUACCGAGGUUGUCUGGCUGGAAUCUCUUCUGUCUAAGUUGCAUGUUGUUCCUUCUAAGAAAGCUACAUUCAAGCAUGUAGAAUUGGAUCUAUUUUUUGUUAGAGAAAAGGUUGUUGCUGGGAAGUUGAAUGUUGGACAUGUACCUGCUCAAGAUCAAGUAACAAACAUCUUCACCAAGCCCAUAUCUGCUUCUUUGUUUACAAAGUUUUGUUCGAGUCUCAAAGUUGUUCCAAGACGAAAGCAACCAACAAAGAUCGAGCAGCUGGAGGCAUAUUAA